AUGUUAUUUCCUUAUUUAAAAAUAUCUAUAAGAAUAUUAACAUUGAUCAAAUUUCAAUAUGAAGAAAAUAGUAUUCUUAAAAAUGGUAAACGUGGUAAAUGGUUGAUAUCACGUUUGGAAGAUUGUGUUACAAAUGAGGAUUUGAUGAAUGCUUUUAUACCUUAUUCAAAACCAUUCUUGAAUUAUUUUAAAUCUAUUGGUGGGUUAGUAUUUGUUGGUGUUGGAAAGAUUAUGGAGGUUCGAUUAGUUCAAAAAGCUGAUACUGCUAAAAUAUAUGCUAUGAAAACAUUAAGAAAAGCUGAGAUGUUUAAAAAAGAUCAAUUGGCACAUGUGAGAUCUGAACGUGAUGUUUUAGCCGAAUGCGAUUCUCCUUGGGUAGUUCAAUUAUACUACUCAUUCCAAGAUCCUUCGUAUCUCUAUCUUAUCAUGGAAUUCUUGCCUGGUGGAGAUUUAAUGACUAUGCUUAUACAACAUGACACAUUUCGCGAAGACAUAACGCGUUUCUAUAUUGCUGAAUGUGUAUUGGCUAUCGAGGCUAUUCACAAAUUAGAUUUCAUUCAUAGAGAUAUUAAGCCAGAUAAUAUAUUAAUUGAUAAGAAUGGUCAUAUAAAAUUAUCUGAUUUCGGACUUUCCACCGGUUUUCAUCGAACUCAUGAUUCAGCUUACUACCAAAGACUUUUAGAAAAUGCAAAUAAUUCUGCUGGUCAUAGACCUCUAAAUAGUGAACACAACAUUAAUCUAACAUUAUCUAACAAAGACAAAAUUGCCACCUGGAAAAAAAAUAGGAGAGCUCUGGCAUAUUCUACAGUUGGUACACCUGAUUAUAUUGCACCUGAAAUCUUUUUACAACAAGGUUAUGGUAAAGAGUGUGAUUGGUGGUCUUUAGGUGCCAUCAUGUAUGAAUGUCUUGUGGGCUGGGCUCCAUUCUGUAGUGAGAGUGCUCAUGAAACUUACCGUAAAAUUAUCAAUUGGCGCGAUCAAUUUUAUUUCCCAGAAGAAGUACAUCUAAGUUAUGAAGCUGAAGAUUUAAUCAAAAGAUUUAUGUGUGAUUCUGAAAAUCGCUUGGGUCGUAAUGGAGCUGAUGAAAUUAAAGCACAUCCUUUCUUUGAAGGAGUAGACUGGGAUACAAUCCGUGAUGUUGAGGCACCAUUUAUACCUGAAUUGAAAUCUAUCACUGAUACUAGAUACUUUCCUACUGACGAACUUGAUAUUCCUGAUAGACCUCCUAUACCUGCCCCACCUGCUGCCACUAGUUCAAAUGGUGACUAUAAUCAAAAAGAUUUGGCAUUUGUUGGUUACACAUUUAAACGGUUUGAUGAUUUAACAAGAAAAAAUGCCAUAUGA